GGAGCCGGGCCGCGACCAUGGCGGAGCCCACGGUGUGCUCCUUCCUCACCAAGGUGCUGUGCGCCCACGGCGGCCGCAUGUUUCUGCAGGAUCUGCGCGGCCACGUGGAGCUCUCGGAGGCCCGGCUGCGGGACGUGCUGCGCCAGGCCGGGCCCGACCGCUUCCUGCUGCAGGAGGUGGAGGUGCGGGAGGACCCGUGGGACGCCGAGGCCGAGGUGGCGGCCGGCGAGGGCGGCGCGGGCGGCGGCGGCGGCCUCUCGGCCUGGCGGGUGGUGGCUGUGUCCUCCGCGCGCCUCUGCGCUCGCUACCAGCGCGGCGAGUGCCAGGCCUGCGACCAGCUGCACCUCUGCCGCCGCCACAUGAUGGGCAAGUGCCCGAACCGCGACUGCUGGUCUACCUGCACCCUUUCUCAUGAUAUCCACAUACCUGUCAACAUCCAAGUCCUGAAAAACCAGGGACUGUUUGGUCUCAAUGAGGCCCAGCUUCGGAUCCUUCUUUUACAGAAUGACCCCUGCCUUUUACCAGAGGUCUGUUUGCUCUACAACAAAGGUGAAGCCCUGUAUGGUUACUGCAGCCUCAAGGAUAAAUGCAACAAGUUUCACGUGUGCAAGUCCUUUGUCAGGGGAGAGUGCAGGCUGCCGAAGUGCAAGCGGUCCCAUCAGCUAAUUCACGCUACAUCCCUGCAGCUGCUGCAGGACCAAGGACUGAAUAUUCCAAGUGUCGUUAAUUUUCAGAUAAUUGCUACCUACAAGCACAUGAAGCUGCACAAGAUGCUUGAAAAUAAAGAUAAUUCAGCUUCUUCUGCUGAGCAUUCCCAGGGCCUUGAGAAACAAGGAGUACACGUAGCUAGGGCUGCAGAGGCCGGUCCUCUGGUCUCUGGCCCUGCUGAGUCAGCCAAGAAGCCAUGUGCAGGUAAACCUUAGAGGACGUCAGUGAAAUAAGAAGAACGUUGUCCAAUUGGAAGGUCUGAAAACAAAGCUUCUGUUGAGAUUUAAUUUGUAACCAUUCAUUCAUUUAAUCGUUUAUUAAUAAUAGCUAUAAUGAUACCUACCUCACAGGUUGUGGUGAGAAUUAAAGAAGAUGGAAAAGGAGAAAAUGCCAGAUUGGGAGGAUAAAAUUGGGGGUGGGUGGCUGAGGAUGAGGUUAGACAUUGAACAGGCAAAGGGAGAGUAAAACCUGAGAGUAGAUGAGGUCAGUCCUGGGCAAAUCCUGCGGUUCCUGAGAGCUUUCCCGGGGCUGGCGGGCCAGAGCUCUUAAAGAGGCAGGCUCCUGCGGACUUGUUCUGGGACCCAGCCAAGUGCUUUUCUGUAUGCCCAUAUACAUAGUUUACAUUGUGGUAUUCAGGGACUACAUACACUUUAUGCUCUUUUUUUUUUUUUUUUUGCUUAAUAUUCCAUAAGCAUCUCUCCAUAUUUAUUCACAUUUAUCAUGCGUAAUCAUUUUCAUGCACAGAUACACUAAUAUAUCAUCGUUUGCUUAACUAGUUCCAUUAUUCUGGGAUAUUUUGAUUCUUUCUAACAAAUUUUGAAUAUAACUCUUCUUAAAAUCCACACAAUAUUAAAUUUUUACGUUAUUCUUUACUUUUGCUUCACUUAUGGUUGCUGAAUGAUACUCUUGAUUUUCAUUUCUUUAAAAAUACAUGCGGGAAUUCCCUGGCGGUCCAGUGGUUAGGACUCUGCGCUUCCACUGCAGGGGGCACGGGUUAAAAAAAAAAAAAAAAAAAAAUAUAUAUAUAUAUAUAUAUAAGUAAAUAUUCUUCCGUAUGUCUUCUUUCUAUAUGUCUUUAUUUUGUGUAGUUUGUACAUGCCCUUUAAUUGCUGGGCCCCUCCUCUGUGCUGAUGUGACUUGGCCUUUAAUAGGCUCCUUAAUUUUCGUAAAAGCAUGUUGACUGUAUAUGAUAUGAUAUCCAACUCUCGUGGAUCCAUCCUCAGCCAACACCGCAGAGUAUAUAACUUAUGGGUGCUCACCAGAGAUUUCUACCUCACUCUGUGUACUCUCCAUUUCUUAUUAAACUUUUACCAAAGUCUCAGAUUCCUGUAGUAUGAAGGAUGCGGAGCUCAUACAUUCCUCCAAGUUGUAUCCAUUCUUUCUGUGAUCAGGAUGGACCAUCAUAAAUCUAUAUACCUCGCCCAUUCCAUACUGACUUCUCCCUUCCCCCCUUCUCUCUGCCCCUGCCCACCCAGCUGUCUCUUUUUAGUUGUACCUGAUGUUUAUUUCCUUGUUUUCAUCAAGGGGUACCACAGAGAAGCAGCUUAGUGAAAUUCUUUCCUGUGUUGUAUUAAUAGCCACAAAUGUUGGUGUGUAAAGUGUUGUUUUGUUUUGUUUUUUAAUUUAACUGUCUGGCAAUAACAUAACAUUUGAGGAAUAGGGCCAAAGUAGUGAGCUUUUCAUCAAGCUAAAUUUAUUUAAUUUAGAAAAUUUUUAAUCAUGAAAACUUUUCUUUUCCAUUGGGGGAGGUGUGCAAAAAUGUCCUUUUUAAAGUGAGAAGGUGCUGUGUUUUCUCCUAAUGGACAGUAAGAGUCACGCAACUUAUGUUAGUCUCUUCAUUUUGGUUGCCAACAACAGUAUUUCUGAAAGCUCUUAUGUUUUGCGUAUCUUGCUUCUUUUUUCUUAGUUACGAUUUCUCCGGUGCUAAUUUAAAAAUUAUCUUUAUAUUUUAUUAUUAUUAUUUACGUUUUAUUCUUUUACUGUUAUAUUUCUUUUGUAAGCCAUGUUAAAUCCUUAAUGGAAACAGUAUAGUGUAUAAAUGCAUAUUCUUUACAUUAAAAGACUUCGUAGAUUUUUACAUUAUUGUGUUCUUUUUAUAUAUCUUGUAAUUAUGCCUUUAUAUAUGAAGUUAUU